AUGGCCACCGCCGCCCAUGGAUUCCCAUUCGAUGGGAGCGUUUACUAUUCACAUCCUGGUGGUGCAAUGAUCGAAGCAAGACGGCAUGCUUUGAUCUUUGAUAGCCUCCUCUUUGGUCUUGUCGAAGGCCAGCUGAUAUCUAAGAAUAUAACACAUAUUCAAUCUGAUGACCCAGAGCAGCAACUAUGGAUCAAAACGGAAUGGAUCUAUAUGGGACGGUGCUCGUGGCUCCGCCAUCUAGAACACCAAUCGAGUUCUGGACUUUUUCUGAUACCUGCGACAGGGAUCUACAAGGAUUAUUGCUUGAGUAUUGCUGCCGAUCAUCUCCUCGAUAAGGGGUAUAGUAUGGUCUAG